AAAAAGAAAGGGAAAAUAAAAGGAUGUGAGCGCAGCGAGAAAAAGCAGAGAAGCAUUUCCGAAGAGAGAGAGAGAAACGGAACGCGAAGCUUCGCUUGGACUCACUGUCUCUCCACUGACGAACUGUUCAAAUCUUGGGAUAUCGUGGACCUGGCUGAAAGGGUAGCACCUGAGAUUGCAUUAAAGGCAAAUAGUUUGAAGUAAAGAAGACAUUGUGGUAGGAAGAACUUUGGCAACAUCUUAACAAGCCCUUGGCUAAAGGAGUGACAAUAUUACCUGGUGAUCUCUCACUCCAGUACUUUGGGGGUUCAACAUCAACAAGGACGGUGCCAACCGAUGACUCAUUAUAACAAAAGCUACCUCUCAACCUUGAUAUGAAGUUUACAGAUCAGUAUGCACUCAUGAGUAGCAUGUUUUGCUGAUACAGUGGAUUCCAUAACCUUGACCCCUGUGGUGCAAUCCUAACUCAUGCGUUGCUUUAUUAUCAUCUGGUGGUUUUUUUGGGGUUAUUUCUAUAUUUUUCCGCCAUCUCGAGGCUUGAGGCUUUAUGGAGGAGCAAAUGAUAGGUUAGGUUAUUUGCACCACCCCGGGUCAGUUAUAGGCUAUGGUCCCUGGGUCACCAGCUUUACCGACGUCGGGCCAUUGACAUUUUUUCCUUCAAAUGAUUCAGUAUCCUGUGAAGAUCUGGAAGGUGUAGGAUCCUUUAAUACAACCUGUUUGCUGAACUCAAAUUUGUAUCUGAGUUCUGAUAUAUACAUAUACGGUACGGGAAAUAUUGAGAUACUGCCUCGUGUCUCGAUCGCUUGUCCAGUUCAAGGCUGCACAAUUACUUUCAAUGUGUCAGGCAGUGUUAAAGUAGGUCAUCAUGCUGCUGUAAUCGCAGGUUCUGUUGUUUUCUCAGCAGCAAAUAUGACUCUGGAGGAUAAGGCUUUGAUAAACUCUUCUUCUUUAGGUGGACCACCACCACCUCAAACUAGUGGUACACCAUUCGGUUAUGAUGGGGCUGGUGGAGGACAUGGGGGUCGAGGUGCUUCCUGUAUAACCAGCAAUAAUAAAAGUAAUUGGGGUGGUGAUGUUUAUGCGUGGUCCACUUUGUCUAAGCCUUGGAGUUAUGGGAGCAAGGGCGGUGGAAUAUCUGACAAGAGAAAAUUUGGAGGGAAUGGUGGUGGACGUGUUAAGCUUUUGGUGAAGGAUACACUACAUUUAAAUGGAUCCGUGAUGGCAGAAGGUGGGGAUGGAGGGUUAAGUGGGGGAGGAGGAUCUGGUGGAAGUGUACAUAUUUAUGCUGUGAAGCUGAAGGGAUAUGGUACCAUCAGUGCAGCUGGAGGGAGAGGAUGGGGCGGAGGUGGUGGAGGAAGAAUUUCACUAUAUUGCUACAGCGUACAGGAAGAUGUGAAAGUUACUGUGCAUGGUGGAUCGAGUAUUGGCUGUCCACAGAAUGCUGGAGGAGCUGGGACAUACUUUGAUGCUUAUUUUCUCAGUUUACGUGUUGGCAAUGACUAUUUUACCACAGAAACAGAGACUCCUUUGCUUGAUUUUUCUACAAGUCCCAUAUGGUCUCACGUGAUCGUGGAGAAUGGUGCAAAAGUGCUGGUCCCACUUGUUUGGACUAGAGUUCAGGUAAGAGGCCAAUUCAGUGUGUAUCGUGGAAGCAGCAUUGCUUUUGGAUUGGCUAAAUUUCCAGUCUCAGAAUUUGAGCUUGUUGCUGAAGAGCUAUUAAUGAGUGAUUCUGUCAUCAAGGUUUAUGGUGCACUAAGGGUUGCUGUCAAGAUGUUACUUAUGUGGAACUCAGAAAUUCAAAUUGAUGGAGGCGGGAAUACUGUUGUCACCACCUCCGUCCUUGAAGUCAGGAAUCUGGCAGUUUUAAGUCAUAACUCCAUUGUUGGUUCGAACACAAACUUGGCCGUGUAUGGUCAGGGAUUACUGCAGUUAACAGGUCAUGGCGAUGCAAUCAAAGGCCAGCGACUUUCCCUGUCUCUCUUCUAUAACAUAACUGUAAGACAUUGGUUGGCCCUGGAGCAAUACUUCAGGCUCCUUUGGAUAAUGAUGCGAGUCGGAGAGUACUCUCUUUGUGGGAGUCAGACCUGCCCAAUAGAUCUCAUUACUCCACCUGAUGAUUGCCAUGUUAAUUACACGCUAUCCUUUUCCCUCCAAAUCUGUCGUGUUGAGGAUGUCCUCGUGAAUGGUCUCAUCAAGGGAAGCAUAGUUCACUUUCACAGAGCAAGGACAGUCAUUGUUGAUACUGAUGGCAUGAUUACUGCAUCAGAGUUAGGUUGUAACGGAGGUAUUGGAAAGGGGAACUUUUCUAGUGGGGCCAGUAGUGGUGCAGGGCAUGGAGGAAAAGGUGGCACUGGAUAUUUUAACGGGAUGGUGUGCAGUGGUGGUACAGAUUAUGGUAAUGCAGAUCUUCCAUGCGAACUGGGAAGUGGAACGGAGGGUCCUAACCAGACAUAUGGACAGACAGUUGGAGGAGGAAUAAUUGUCAUGGGAUCAAAGCAAUGGCCACUUCUUAGACUUGAAGUUUAUGGAUCUUUGAGAGCUGAUGGUCAGAAUUCUGGAACCUUUGGUUCAUUUAUAAGGAACAGUAGUAGUUCUCUGAUUGGUGGACUUGGUGGAGGUUCUGGGGGGACAAUACUUCUUUUCCUUCAAGAGGUUAUACUUGGAGAGAAUUCAUCUUUGUCUAUUCUUGGCGGAAAAGGUGGAACGUUUGGAGGUGGCGGUGGGGGAGGUGGUAGAGUACAUUUUCACUGGUCCAAGAUUGGUAUUGGUAUGGAUUAUGUUCCAGUUGCAACCAUAAAAGGCUCCAUUAACAGUAGUGGAGGUGCUGGUGCCAGUGGUGGUUCUGAUGGAGAGAAAGGUACAGUUACAGGGAAAAGAUGUCCUGCAGGCCUUUAUGGUACAUUCUGUGAGGAAUGCCCAAUUGGUACUUGCAAAGAAGUUGAAGGCUCUGAUGCAAGUCUUUGUAUUCCUUGCUCCCUUGACCGCCUUCCCUACCGAGCAAAUUUCAUAUAUGUACGCGGAGGAGCAACUCACCCAUUUUGUCCCUAUGAAUGUGUGUCCGGCAAAUAUAGAAUGCCAAAAUGUUAUACCCCUCUCGAGGAGCUGCUCUAUACAUUUGGAGGGCCAUGGCCGUUUGCACUUCUGUUAUCAUUCUUAUUGGUGCUUCUUGCUCUAUUAUUAAGUGCUUUGAGGAUUAAAGUAGUUGGACCGGGCUGUAGUUGUUAUAAGGAAAAUGCAAAUGAGCACCCAAGCCGUCAUCAUUCUCCCUAUCUUCUUUCCCUGUCAGAGGUCCGUGGAACAAGAGCUGAAGAAACACAAAGCCAUGUACACAGAAUGUACUUCAUGGGUCCUAAUACCUUUAGAGAACCGUGGCACCUUCCCUACUCGCCUCCGGACUCUGUUAUUGACAUUGUGUAUGAAGAUGCUUUCAACAGAUUUAUUGAUGAGGUUAAUUCAGUUGCUGCGUAUGAUUGGUGGGAAGGCUCAGUGCACAGCAUACUUGCAGUUCUUGCCUAUCCUUGUGCAUGGUCCUGGAAACAGUGGCGGAGGAGGAAAAAAAUCCACCGCCUUCAAGAAUAUGUCAAAUCUGAAUAUGAUCAUUCAUGUCUUCGCUCUUGUAGGUCGCGAGCUCUCUAUAAGGGGAUGAAGGUUGGGGCAACACCAGACCUCAUGGUUGCAUAUAUUGAUUUUUUUCUUGGCGGUGAUGAGAAGCGCUUGGACAUCGUGUCGAUCAUAGAGAAGAGAUUCCCAAUGUGUAUACUUUUUGGUGGGGAUGGAAGCUAUAUGUCUCCUUACAGUCUUCACAGUGACCUUCUCUUGACGAAUCUUCUUGGCCAGCAUGUCCCAGCAUCUGUUUGGAAUCGCUUGGUGGCUGGUCUGAAUGCUCAGUUGAGGACAGUGAGGCAUGGAUCAUUACGUACUUCUCUACGUCCUCUUGUUGAUUGGAUUAGCAGUCAUGCAAAUCCUCAGCUUGAGUUUCAUGCCAUUAAAAUUGAGCUUGGAUGGUUUCAAGCAACAGCUUCUGGUUACUAUCAGCUCGGUAUAUUGGUGGCAGUCAAUGAAUAUCUCUCUCAUAGCUUGAACUCCUGUGACUUUCUAGAUAGGAACAGUGACGCUUCAAGAAGGAAUGCUGCAUCUGCUGGACAAAGCAUGAAGCAACUGCAACCAAAUCAGACAUAUGGUAGUCAAGCAUUAAUUCGCAACAGAAGAAUUACAGGCGGAAUCAAUGGUGGUAUUAUAAAUGGCGCAACCCUAAAAUCUUUGGAUUUUAAGAGGGACUAUGCCUUCCCAAUGUGUCUCUUACUGCGCAACACAAGACCAGUUGAUCGACAGGGCACUUUGGAGUUUUUGAUUACCAUCAUGCUUUUGGCAGAUCUAUCUGUCACUCUCCUUACGUUGCUUCAGUUCUAUUGGAUCUCCGUAGGGGCAUUUCUAGCAGUACUACUCAUUCUUCCUUUGUCUCUGCUCUCUCCUUUCCCAGCCGGCUUAAAUGCCUUGUUCAGCAAAGAACCUAGAAGAGCUUCACUCGCUCGUGUCUAUGCUCUAUGGAACUCUACAUCACUUUUCAAUAUCAUCGUGGCCUUUAUUUGUGGCAUUAUUGCAUAUGGUGGCUCCUUUUUCCAGCCCACUGACAAAGCCCGUGGUUGGAACAAUAAAAGGGAUGACGACGAGUGGUGGCUUUUGCCAACGGUCCUCCUCCUGUUCAAGUGUAUACAAGCUCGCUUCAUCGACUGGCACAUAGCGAAUCUCGAAGUCCAGGACUUCACUCUGUUCUGUCCAGAUCCGGAUGCAUUUUGGGCCCACGAGUCUUUGUGACAAACGAGGUUUGAGCUUGGCGUGGACAGCUUGCUUUCUCACCCGUUAGAGGCUGCUUCCUAUGUCGUGUGUAAAUGCAUUUUUAGUUCUCUUAGGAGAAUUAUGUUCAGAUGCGUGUAGAUAUAUAGGCUCUCUUUAUUAUUGUUAGUGGUAGUUGCCGAUAGUUUGUGUGAGCAAAUUGGAAAUCAGUACAUCUUCAAUACACUCUUUUUCAAUACACUCUUGAGUAGGAGUUAUUUGAAGGGUUCUUCUAGUCGGAAGUAAGGUUAUUAAAUA